GCUACAAGUAAUCGAGCUCGUAUACGUGUCAUCCCGGUCUAAGGCCACCUUUACGUAAAUGCCGUACCUUACGGUGGCUGAGUAGUCUCGAAAGGAGAGACAAAUGCCGACCGCAGUAACAGCAACCGGUAAACUGUUAAGCACUGCGACUGGACCAAGCAUCACGUCUGUUGUUGUCGCUGGCGCUUGCGAUUACGCCAACUUUGGCCAUUUUUACAAGCUUGACUGCCCCACUCCGCCACUCGGCCCGCACACUGGUGAACUACCGCAUGACUCAGUAGCGCCAUUUAGACAACAGGCCGUAGGGCUUUAUGGAAAUGGUGCUGCCAGGUCAACCCAUAGCCGAAUCUAAAUCGCCCACUACUGAAAAUGGAGCGCGACAGGAGCGCGUUCAAGAGGUCAACCUGCCAGCCACACCGCGCUCUCCACGUGCCACGGCCGACGCAAAGCUGCUGGCAGCGCUGCGUGCGGAAAUGGAGAGCACACGGGGUAAAUUAACGCUGGAGCGCCGCAAGGAGCUAGCGGCUCGGCUGCUAGAGCACAAAGACCGCGAUGACACGUUCUUCACGCGUCUGAGCAAGCGGCUUGAAGAAGCCGGCGUGUCGCUUCCCUCCGUGACGGUGGAAUACCGGCAGCUGCGGGUGCAGACGGAGGCGCUAGUGGGGGCGGCGUCGGUACCCACGGUGGCCUCCGUGCCGCUCACGUUUGUCAAGCAAGUACUAGGCCUGCACCAGGGCCGUGAGUCCAAGCCCCUCACCAUCCUGAACGGCAUCCAGGGCCGGCUGGUACCCGGGCGGCUGACGCUGCUGCUGGGGCCGCCCUCCUGCGGCAAGAGCAGUUUCAUGCGGGCGCUGACGGGGCGGCUCAUUCCGGCGCAGGGGAAGCUGUCUGGGGACAUUCGUUACAACGGUCAUGCGCUCGACGAAUUCAACGUCCGUCGUACGGCAGCAUACGUUGACCAGAUCGACAACCACAACCCCAACCUCACAGUCCGAGAGACGCUGGACUUUGCACAUGCUUGUCAGGUUGGGCUGCACGGCGCCCCCUUCGACGUUCCCUCCGAGCUAGCCGCGCAUCACAUCGCCUCACAGCGUCUCAGCGGUGGUGGAGGGGCGGGGGCGGGUGGGGACUCCGCCUACAGUGCAGCGUCCGCCGCCUCCACCCCUAGAGCGGGACUGGGCGGGAAGAGCAGCAAGUCCUCGCUGCUUGAGCAGGCGGCCCCCGAAGACGAGUUCGAGGCCCUGCUGCGCGCCAGCUGGGGCACCCCCGUGCGCGUGGACAUUGUGAUGUCGCUGUUGGGGUUGAGCCACUGCGCGGAGUCGGUGGUGGGCGACCAGCUGAUGCGGGGGAUCAGCGGGGGGGAGCGGAAGCGGCUCACGGCGGCAGAGAUACUGGUGGGGCCCAGCAAUGUGGUCAUGCUGGAUGAGAUGUCGACAGGGCUAGACUCUGCCACGCUUUUCACCGUGAUCCGCUGGCUAGGGCAGGCGGGUCGUGCGCUGCAGCUGACCACCGUGGCCUCGCUGCUACAGCCGCCCCCCGAGGUGUUUGGGCUGUUUGAUGACGUCAUCCUCAUGGCGGCGGGCCGCAUCCUCUACCAUGGCCCCGUGUCUGAUGUGGUGCCGCACUUCCGGUCGCUGGGUCUGCACUGCCCGGACCGCAAGGACGUGCCGUCCUUCCUGCUGGAGAUCACCACGCCGGGGGGGCAGCUGGAGUUUGCAGGUCCCGAGCUGCGUGUAAUGCAUGCUGGGGGGGUGAACGGGGGUGACGGCAGCACGGGGGGCGGCAUGCAGGCGGCAGGCGGUGGCGGGGAGGGGGCGGGGGUGGCGGCGGGCGGCAGUGAGCACGGAGGAGGGGGCAGCCUCAAGCUGAGAGCCAAGUCCAUGCUGCUGUCGCUAGCGGAGAUGGAGAAGCUCUUUUGGAGCACCAACAAGCACGGCAUCGCCAUGGACUCCGAGCUCCGACAGCUCGCCCCCGCCAGUGGCCCCCCCGCUCCCCCGCUCGUUCCCGCGGAUCAGCACUUUGCCUUGCGACCGCUGGAGGCUGUAGCUGCGGCCACUCGGCGGCAGAUGACGUUGGUGAUGCGGGAUAGGGUGCUGCUGAAGGGGCGGCUGGUGCAGGUAAUCGUGUUGGGCCUCCUGACGGGCAGCCUAUUCUACAACCAGGGCGUCUCCAUGACCGCCUCCCGCACCAUCUUUGGAGCCUCCUUCAUGAGCACGCUGUUCAUGAGCUUUGGCGGCUUCCCGCAGCUGCCCAUUACCAUGGAGCUGAAGAAGGUGUGGUACAAGCACCGCGCCGCCGGCUUCUACCCAGCAUACGCGCAAGGGCUGGCCAUGGCGCUCACGCAGAUCCCGCUGUCGGCCAUCGAGGCGGGCGUGUUCUCACUCAUCAUUUACUUCAUGGUGGGAUUCUACCGCCAACCCGGCUACUUCUUCACCUUCUACCUCCUCAUGGUGGCUUCCUCCAUGGUCAUGUCUGCCACCUUUCGCUUCCUAGCCUGCGUCUGCCCCACCAUGGUCAUCGCCAACGCCGCCGCGGGUAUUUCCCUGGUGCUGCUCAUCCUCACGUCGGGCUUCGCCAUCGUGCACUACUCCAUCCCCGACUGGGUGAUUUGGGCCUACUGGAUCAGCCCACAUGGCUAUGCGCUGCGUGCGCUGGUGAUCAAUGAGAUGGUGUCCCCCAAGUGGCAGAACGUGCCUGCGCCGGCCGGAAUGACGCCGGGGCUGAGUCUGGGGGAUGCGGCCCUGCAGAGCUUUGACUUUUAUACCGAGCGCAAGUGGAUUUGGAUUGGCGUGGGGUUCCUGUUCGGCUACUACCUGAUCUUCACAUGGGCUGCCGUACUCAGCCUGCACUUCCAACAGCCCAGGGUGCCGGCGGCGCAGCUGCCUGAUGCCGAGGAGGUGGAGGCGGCUCGGCGCCGAGCGGAGGAGCGGCACUUGCAAGUGGUGGCACUGCCCGCUGCUGCUGCGGGGGGAGGAGCAGAAGCGGGGGGGAAGAAGAAGAAGAAGGAGGUGGUGAUCGAGGUGUGCAAGGCGCAGCCCAAGGGCGUCAACGGCAGCAGCGGUGGCGGUGGCGAGCAGGAGGCGGCAGCGGAGGGUCGCGGCAUGAUCCUGUCGCCCUCCACUGCCGCACUGCAGGACUACAUCGACAUCUCCUCCUCGCUGCCCUUCACCCCCAUCACCCUGGUCUUCCAGAACCUCACCUACACCGUGCCCAACCCCGCCUACUCCCGAGCUGCCGCCAAGGCUGCCGCCAAGACCGCCUCCGAAACCAACCAGGCCGCCAUUGACGCGCAUGCAAACGGCGCCGGCGGAGAUGCAGGAGAUGUGGAGCUGGGGGUUGCCACUGCAGCUGCUGCUGGUGCUCCAGGAGGAGGAGCAGGAGGCGGGUCCGGCGGCUCGGCCCCUCCUCCGCCGCUAGCUGCGCGGGAGCGGCUGCAGCUGCUGAGCGGCAUCACGGGCUUCAACGAGCCGGGGGUGAUGCUGGCGCUGAUGGGGGGGUCAGGAGCGGGCAAGACCACGCUGAUGGAUGUGAUUGCGGGUCGCAAGACCAUCGGAGAGAUCGGGGGCACCAUCACCGUCAACGGUCACAGGGCGGACCCACGGGCCUGGAGCCGUGUCAUGGGCUACGUUGAGCAGUUUGACAUCCACUCCCCCGCUCAGACGGUGGUGGAGGCGCUGCAGUUCAGUGCGAGGCUGCGACUGCCGCCCUCCUUCAGCGACCAGCAGGUGAAGGCCUACGUGGAGGAGGUGUUGGAGAUUGUGGACCUGCUGCCGCAGAUGGGCGCCCUGGUCGGGUCCCCCGGGGAGAGCGGGUUGAGUGUGGAGGGGCGCAAGCGGCUCACCAUUGCCGUGGAGCUGGUGGCCAACCCCUCCUGUGUGUUCCUGGAUGAACCCACCAGCGGUCUGGACGCACGUGCCGCCGCCAUUGUCAUGCGCGCCGUCCGCAACGUUGCGCGCAACGGCCGAACCGUCAUGGUGACCAUCCACCAGCCGUCCAUCGAGAUCUUCGAGGCCUUCGACAACCUGCUGCUUAUCCAGAGGGGCGGCCUGACCACCUACUUUGGACCCCUGGGUCGCAACUCGGCAGACCUCAUUGCCUAUUUCAUGGCGGUGCCGGGGACGCCCGGACUGCCCUCGGGCUUCAACCCCGCCACCUGGAUGCUGGAGGUGACGGGCGGCUCCAUGGCUACUGUGCUGGACAAGGUGGAGGUGGACUGGCCGGGGGUGUAUGCUGGCUCGGAGCUGGCAAAGAGGAACGAGGCCCGAGCAGCUGAACUGGUUUCGGCUGGGGCCGCAGCCAGCUCAGCGCUGCAGGUGGGCAACACCUACGCAAUGCCCUUCUCCACGCAGACGCGCGUGCUGCUGCGCAAGUUCAAUCUGGCCUACUGGCGCUCCCCGGGUUACAACUUUGUACGGCUGGGCCUCACCUUCGUGACCAGCUGGAUCUACUCUGCCGUGUAUUGGGGCGAGGGCAAGGUGCCCAACCCCGCUUCCAUCGGCAGCGUGCAGAACGUGAUGGGCAUCAUGUUCAGCUCCUCCAACUUCCUGGGAAUGACAAACCUCAUGAGCGUCAUGCCCGUGGUGGGCUACGAGCGAGUGGUGUUUUACCGCGAGCGGGGCGCCUCCAUGUACGACCCCUUUGCGUACGGCCUAGCCAUCGCCCUCGUGGAGCUGCCGUACCUGCUCGUACAGGCGUUCAUCUUUGUGCCCAUCAUCUAUUUUACCAUCGGCUUCGACCCCACCGCGGAGGCAUUCUUCUACUACGUCAUCGUGUUCCUGGAAACCAUCGCCUUCUACACCAUCUUUGGCCAGACACUCGUCUACAUCACGCCCGCGCAGGCCAUUGCGCAGGUGGUGGGCGGCGGCUUCAACUUCCUCUUCAAUGUGUUCAACGGCUUCAUCAUAACAUACCCCGACAUGCCGCGAGGCUGGCGCUGGAUGAACCGUGCCGUACCGCCCACCUGGAUCCUGUACGGCCUGGGCAUCAGCCAGCUGGGCAACGAUGAGGGCGUGAUCAUCUAUGGAGGCAAGGCGACCCCGAUCGACGAGUUCAUGUCGCAGCGGUUCGGCUACCGGUACGACAUGCGGUGGUGGGUGGUGCUCAUCCUGCUGGCGUACAUCCUGGUCAUGCGGGUGGGCUCCAUCCUGGCGCUCAAGUAUUGGAACUUCUUGAAGAGAUGAGGAAAAGGGGAGGAACAGGAUGGGAGAAGGGGUACAGGAGAGGAGGACGGGAGAAGGAGAAGGUGGACGGGAAGAAGACGGGAGGAGCGAAGUUUGAUCCUGAGGCCUACAGCAACUAGGACGGGAAAAGGAGGAGGAUGGGAAAAGGAGGAGGACGGGACGAGGGGAGGGAGGAAGGAUUGUUCGUUUUACAGAUGAGAAGGGUUAAAAGAGGAAGUAUAGCCGUGUGGCAAUCCACAAGGCUCCAGCAUGGGGGUUGAAUCAGGUGGUCUGGCUGGCUAGAGGUGAAGGGGAGAGGAGGAAUGGAAGUUUUGGAAUGGAGGUGGUGGGGUGAGGUGGGUUGCGGUGGGGUAAGGAGGAAAAGUCUAAUUCUAACCGGGCGAUGCGGUGGGGGACAUGGAGGUGGUGGUGUGAUGAGUCUGUGACUGCAUCCGUAGUUGGGCGCAUGGGAAGGCGUUUGCUGAUGCUGUUGCGUUGUGGGACGUUUUUUUGGUUUUUUUGAGAAAAACAUGACUUUUGGACACACUUGCCGGCUACUCUACCUUACACGUCCUUGUGCUGAUCCCCCCCGAGGUGUUAUCAGGAAUUGGAAUCCAGUAUUCGGCUGCUAAACGCGCGCCAGUGAG